CCGUAUAAUAGACCGACCCAUCGCACAAUUUCCAAAUUUCAUCGUGUUUACGCUUCAACAGUGUUUGAACGAAACGAUAUAGAAAAUUUUUUAACUUAUAUCAUUUAGUGACGGUGGUUUGUUUGUUAUAGUCUUAUAUAGAACACCAGUAUUUGAAUCCAAUUGAUCUUUCUACUUCCUAAAGAUAAAGACUUAAACAUGUUUCAAAAACUUGUGGUAUUGCUAUGCGUUGUAUGUUCUCAAAUGGUCGAUGCAGACACCACUAAUUGUUCAAUCAACAAUUGCACCAACUGUUUUAUAGAAGGGACAAAAAAGGACGCUAAAGAUAUAGGACCUAAGUUUGACGCAGAAUUAGAAUGUGGUGUGAACAGACAGAUAAAUUAUGAACUUUCUGCUCAUUAUACCUACUUGUCAAUGUCAUACCAUUUUGAUCAAUACAAAUAUUAUCUGCCUGGAUUUAGUAAGUACUUUAAGAAAAUGGCCGAGGAAGAACAUGAGCAUGCGCAAAUGUUUAUGAAAUACCAAAACAAACGUGGAGGACAAAUUCGUUUGGGCAGCAUUCCAAAACCUUGUUGCGAAGAUGAAAAAUUGGGGAAGGGCAAAGAUGAAAAAUUGGGAAAUGUCGAAGAUGAAAAAUUGGAAAAUAGCGAAGAUAAAAAAUUGGGAAAUUGCGACGAUGAAAAAUGGAAAAAUGGCGCUGAGGCAAUGAAAGCAGCUCUCCAAAUGGAACAGUUUAUCGACCACAGUCUACAAGAUCUACACAAUAAGGCACACGAAAAAGACGAUGCUCAGUUCCAAGAUUUCUUGGAAACAAAUUUCCUGGGCGAACAAGUGGACAGCAUCAAGCAAAUAUCCGACUAUUACUAUACCUUGAAGAGAAUCGGCACUCCCUUGGGAGAGUUUCAAUUUGAUAAGUUGGUCUUAGGUGGUGGCAAAGACACCGAGUUGUAGACCAUUUUACGCAUUUUUUGGGGAAUAUUCAUUAUACAACAAGCAUUUAUGGGCUUCAUUAACGUAACUAAAUUAGCACGAGUUGAUUACAUUUACGAUUUUAUCUAAAGUGAUUAAGUGAAACUGCGCUGUUUUCGUUUACUCGCCUUUAAAAAUUUGUUGAUGCGAAUAUUGAUUGUAUUUUAAUUUUAUCAUCACAUUUAAACGAAUUCAAGUAAUCGAAGCCAUACACUCUUUAAUUACAAUAUUUUUCAGCGAGGGCGCAAAGAAAAACAGACCAUGAAAUAAUAAAGGAUUUGGGGCAGCAAAAUGUUAAUAACGUUAUUAUUUUGACAAUUUUGAUAGAUUUAUUAUAAGAGUUGUUGAAGUGGA